CCCACCGGAAGCGAAACUCUCCUAAUGUAGUGACGUUCAUAUUAGUUCGUCGUGUUUAUCUUCCUCGACAUGAAAGCUAAGCGUAUUUACGGAAAUUAAAUAUAGUUAAUUACUCAACCUUUAUUAUUAUCGAGUUAUUCGUGUUUUUACAGUGUGUUUCUGUUAUUAAACAGCCGUUUAUUGGAUUGUUUCGUCGGUUUUGGCCGGGCAGCAGGCCUGAGCUGAGAUCCACAAAUCUUGCAUAUCACACAUUCAUUCUUAUAUUUCUCGGGAGUUUCGUGUUUAUUUCAUUGUCUGAUUUGUGUGGUGAAACAUGGCUGUUGUCAACGAAGGAGCGCUUAAAAAGAUGUUGAAGCAAUACAAAUAUAGAGAUCUCACAGUCCGUGAUAUUACAAAUGUCAUCUCUCAGUACAAAGACCUCAAACCUGUCAUGGAUGCUUAUGUUUUUAAUGACGGCUCAUCCAGAGACCUCAUGAGUCUUACUGGGACUGUACCAGUUAGUUAUAGAGGGAAUGUGUACAAUAUUCCCAUCUGCCUCUGGCUGUUGGACACGUAUCCCUACAAUCCCCCUAUUUGUUUUGUGAAGCCCACCAGCGCCAUGAUGAUCAAGACUGGCAAACACAUUGACGCCAACGGCAAGAUCUACCUGCCCUAUCUGNCAGUUAUGGCAACUGCCACACUCUGCCAUACGAAAACGCAGCCCAUACCAUGA